AUGGCAGCCCAGCUCAUGAAAGAUCUCGAAAAGGUAGAGAGCAAAGUCGCCAAAUUGGGCAAGAUCAUCGCCAAAGGUACUUCGAUCGGUCUGAUCGAUGCUACCAAGCUCGGCAGUAUGACGCGAAAAGUGACGGGCAAAGUCAAAAAGGCAACGGUCACUGCAGAAAAGACGACGAUCUCGCCUGCAGAGGGCGCAAAGCUCAUCGCAUUCAUGCAAGCUCUCACUGCGACUUCGGCGAAGAAUUUGGAUGCAAUCGCUGCACUCAAACCCCAUCUAUCAGGCAAGCUGCACGUCGGCGGUCUAGUCAAAAUGAACUUGUCGCAGCUCGGAAAGAGGCUAUGGCAGGCUCAAGAGGCGCUCGCCAAGACGUUGGUCGCACGCUCGCCAACGCCCGAGCUCAAAGCAAAGGGCGAAGCGCUCCGUGUUGAUUUUAACGGGAAGAUCUGCCAAGCGCUCGCUGUCUACGCCAACGAGAGCGGGGGUGAGGACAAAGCCGGCGAAGAGGAUGACGAGGAUUCAGACUGA